AUGCACAAGUUAGUGUGUAUUGUGAUCACCUACGUUAAUCUAUCGAUUUACAUCUAUCUAUCUAUCUAUCUAUCUAUCUAUCUAUCUAUCUAUCUAUCUAUCUUGGUCUGGUUAUAUAUAUCUCUCUGUUUGUCUGUCUAUCUAACUGUAUCAAUCUAUUGCUGUCUUCAUAUCUAUCUAUCUAUCUAUCUAUCUUGGUCUGGUUAUAUCUGUCUAUCUAAUUGCUGUCUUCAUAUCUAUCUAUCUAUCUAUCUAUCUAUCUAUCUAUAUUGGUCUGGUUAUAUCUGUCUAUCUGUUUGUCUAUCUAACUACCUAUGUAUCUAUGUAAUUGUAUCAAAGACUUGCUGUCUUCAUAUCUAUCUAUCUAUCUAUCUAUCUAUCUAUCUAUCUAUCUAUCUAUCUAUAUUGACUUGCUGUCUUCAUAUCUAUCUAUCUAUCUAUCUAUCUAUCUAUCUAUCUAUCUUGGUCUGGUUAUAUCUACUUGCUGUCUUCAUAUCUAUCUAUCUAUCUAUCUAUCUAUCUUGGUCUGGUUAUAUCUGUCUAUCUGUUUGUCUAUCUAACUACCUAUGUAUCUAUGUAAUUGUAUCAAAGACUUGCUGUCUUCAUAUCUAUCUAUCUAUCUAUCUUGACUUGCUGUCUUCAUAUCUAUCUAUCUAUCUAUCUUGGUCUGGUUAUAUCUGUCUAUCUGUUUGUCUAUCUAACUACCUAUGUAUCUAUGUAAUUGUAUCAAAGAAUUGCUGUCUUCAUAUCUAUCUAUCUAUCUAUCUAUCUAUCUAUCUAUCUUGGUCUGGUUAUAUCUGUCUAUCUGUUUGUCUAUCUAACUACCUAUGUAUCUAUGUAAUUGUAUCAAAAAAUUGCUGUCUUCAUAUCUAUCUAUCUAUCUAUCUAUCUAUCUAUCUAUCUAUCUAUCUAUCUAUUUCAGUCUAUCCAUUUGUUCAUCUGUCAUUGUAUCAAUAUAUUUGUUGA